CAGCCAGCUCUCACUAUAACAUCAAAACAGCAAGAUCUCAAGAUCUAAUUAAAGGGACCUCAGUCUAUCAUCUGCAUAGUACCUAAAAAAACUUCAGAUUCUCACAGAAAUAGACUUAGAAUAUUUUACACAAAAUGAAGGCUGUUAUCAUUUUGAUGCUGCUCAUUGUCACAGUCUACUGCCUACCGGUUAAGCGUUCAGCUAGCAGUUCCGAAAGCUCAGAAGAAGGUGUGGUUGUUCCACAGCCAACUCCUUUUCUAAUAAAAGCUCAUUUUGAACUAGUUGAAGCAGAACCUACACAGACAACAGAAUCUGAUGAGAGCAUGGAGGAUGCAGAUGACACGGUGGAUUCCAAUUCCAGUGAGAGUGAAUCUGGGGAAACACAGACCACAUCUAUCCCAUCAACAGUGGAGCCCACCCUGGGCUCCACUGUUGAGCCCACCCUGGGUCCGAUUAUCAACACAGGCCGUGGAGACAGCUUGGGCUACCCAAGUGACUACAAGAAAUCCAUUGUCUAUGUCGAUGCAAAAGACAUUGAAAAAAUCCCUUCCCCAUACAAGUCCUACAGCAGCGACAAGCUGGGCGGUUUGACCAUCGUCAGUAAGAAGAUGUCUUCCUAUGAUGAUCAGAGGGUCAAUGAUGUGGAGAAGGAGAUUAAACUAUUCAAGGCUCUUCAGGUCCAUGAUGUCCUCCCAGAAGAGGAAGACACCAGCACCCCUGAGGUGGAGAACACUGCCAGCGGCACAGACAAGGACAUGGAGCCAAGUGACCGCCAUACAGCUCUGGGGAGCCAUGAGAUCACUCCUGCCAGGAACCAGGGCAGCGAAAUUGCUCAAGAAGGGUCUGACAGCGAGGGGGCCAGUGCUGGUGAAUCUCCCAGUACCAGUGCAAGCACCAGCCAGGAGGAGACCGAGCAGUCAGAUGGCAGCCUGAGCAGCGAGGAGACCACCAAGACACCUGGAGCUGCAGAUAGUGAAAACGACUCUUCACAGAGCACUGAGAGCCAGGAGAGCGAUUCGGAUGAGGAGAUCACCCAGACCACUGAGGUCACUGUUGUCAUAGCGAAGUAAUCCAUCCGAGCACGAAUCCUCAACGUGUUAAUUAUAUGGUGCUUGGUGACUCUCUCCACCUGAUAUUAGUGUGAGUCAGUUUAAUAUUAAGUCAAAUUGUAGAGCACAAAGACACAGUUUACAAAAGCUCUCGAGCUUUGCUGCCUAAUUUGUUUAGAAGCAGUUUUAUCUUAACAGUCUUACUGUUCAUUGCACUAUUAUUUACAAUGUUAAUGAAAAUGUAAUUUUAUAUUUGUUAUGUUAUGAUAUAUCAUUUAUGAAUAAAGUUUGUUCUACGUUUAUGAGUAAUGUAC